AUGAUUUCUCGUAUAUUAUUUUAUUUUUGUAUAUUUUUCUUUAUUCAUAUAUUACCAUCAUGGAAUUAUGAAUUUGAAAGUUGUUGUUUAAAUGAGAAGACAUUAAAUAAUACAACACGUCUUCUAUCAUGUCCAUUAAAUUUUGUUAUUAAAUUACGUUCAGUUAUUUUUUAUACAGGUAAUGGUUGUGCACGAAGUGCAUGUCAGAAACGUUUCAAUAAACAUUAUUUACCAUGUAAUAAUCAUCGUACAUGUUCAAUAUCAAUUCAAUGUAUUCUUAUGGACUCAUCAACAUGUCCAUGGUUAACAAAGGUUAAUAGUCAUUCUCAACAUAUUAUUGUUGAUUAUGAUUGUAUUUUAUAUAAACCAGAAUUACCAUCAAUUACAUUGGAUAAUAAAAUGAAAAAAGAUAUGAAAAAUGAAAAUGUUGUUCUUUUUUCAGCUAAAGUUAAUAUUGAAUCACCACCUGAUCUAUUCAAUGAUUCAAUAUCAACUGAUGAUGAAAAUGCUUGGAAAGAAUAUUUUUUUAAAAAAUAUUUUCAUAAUAAACAAUUACCAGACGAUGAUAAAACAAUUAUUAUUCAUCAACGUUCAUUAUUUAAUGAUAUACUUCGAACAGUUAUUAUACUUAUUAUAUUUGCUUCUGUUCUUAUAUUAUUAAUGAUUAGUGCUCUUGUUGUUUAUAAACGUAUUACAUUAAUAAAACGAAGAAAAUUAUAUGAACAAGAAAAACAACAACCAUUUCCAGCUGAUGAUGCUUAUGAUAAUUUAAAAGCAACUACAGCUGAAUCAGCAAGUGACAGUGGUACAACAACCGAUGUGUGA